ACAAAACUUGUUAACAUUAUUUCAUUCUUGAACUCUUCACAGCUGAGGAGACCAAAAUCGGAUGUCAAUCAUAUUUCUAUACUUUUAGAGCAAUAUUUUGUCAUAUUUCGGUGAAUUAUCAAGUUCAUAAUAAUGACGUCUAAAAUGGAGCUCGACUUGACUGCUUCUGCCCGACCAAUUUGGCUGGUCAAGGUUCCAAAGUAUGUUGCACAGAGGUGGGAAAAAUCUGACAAGAAUGGCCACAUCGGAAAGAUACGAGUCGGAAAAAAGUUUGGUAAGCCUGACAUCUCGCUGGUAAUGGAUGAACGUGUAGCAAAGACCAAGCUGACUCCUGAUGAUCCUGAUAUACCGGUAGAACAUAAAUUGCAAGUGAUGAGCGCCCUGCCAGGUACCAUGAUGGUCUACUCAACGGGGACUACAGAUAAAUUAUCCGUGGAAGGAAAGGUUGUGGAGCGAUUGGAGUGCAGACCUGUCGGAAGUGAUUCAUAUAUGCUGAUGAAAAGGAAGCAGAUAGAGCUCGCACACAAACCAACCAAGGUCACACAACAGAUCAAAGACAGACCUGUCAACGCAUACAAACCCAUCUCAAGACAUAAAGAACUUGCUGCCUAUGAGAAGAAGAAGAAGGAGGAAGGGAAGAAGCCUCGUCUGGAGAAGGAGAAAUUGAUGGACAUUUUGUUCUCAGCAUUUGAGACUCACCAGUUCUACCAACUAAAGGACCUCUGUAGGAUAACUCAACAACCUGUGCCAUACCUGAAGGAGAUGCUCCAAGAGAUAGGAACCUACCACCAGAAGGCGCCACACAAGUACAUGUGGGAGCUCAAAGCAGAGUAUCGCCAUUACAAGUCAGAACAGAACGAUAUGGACACUUCCUAGCAUUCCCUGCUCACUGCAAAUUGGCAACUGGGACCAGUUUCACAAUGCCUUUUUGCAAUGACAAAUGACUAAAAUCAGUGACAAAUCUGCUGAUGACCAAUCAGAAGCAAGGAUUUCAGUAGCUUAUAACAGAAACUGUCAUUUGUCACUGAUGACAAGUUUUGUGAAACACCCCCCUGGACUGAGGAAGCAACAUGAAAACAUCUCUGGUGACCAACAAUGGCCAUGUGGGUCAAUGGUUCUUACCACCCUCAGUUAGCAAAUUGGCAGGAUAAACUGAUGAAGUGAACUGAAACAUUAUCUGGUGGCCAUGUUGGUCAUUCUAGCAUUCUCUCAUGGCAAUUUGGCAGCAUGGAUGGACUAACAGGAAGAGUUUUCUACUGGCCACAUGCUUUGGAGAGUCUUGUUAGAAUUGGCAGUUGGGGAAAUGUACACAAAGGAACUUUUUAAGACUGUUCAAGGUGUACACCACAUGAUCUGACUACGAUCCAAUCUAAAAAGACUUGCAGUAUCAUUUGAAGUGAAUAUUCAACCUUGUUCAAUUUCAUUGAUCGAAAAUCUGAAUAGUCUCAGAUUAAUGAAAUCUAAAAAUCUAAAUUUCAAGGGAUUUCAAGCUUCCUUGGAGGAAAAGAGAAAUUGGCUCAGAAUCGCAAUGACCAAAAUUGCGAUCAGAUUCUACCGUUUCAAGCCGAUUCAGCAUUUAUUCAGACUAGAAUGAUAAGUAGAAGUUAUCAUUAUUCAGAACCCAAAUCAAGAUAACCUUGUUUAGAUUUCCAUAUGUGAUAUUAUUACAAUUACUUCAAAAAUUGGAUCGCAGGAAGAUCGUAUAGUGUGCAUUAGAGAUCACAAAAACAGAGUUGGUGACCUAUUGCAUCACAGAGUAUGGGGCAGGGUUAGAAGUGUGGCAUAUGCAGAUCUCUUUUUUCUUGAGCUAAUUUUUUACAAACAUGAUAUGUAAUGUUGAAAACAGUUUUCAUACCUUCAUCCAGAAAUUCCUCUGUUCAAGAGGGAGUGAGGUACACUUAAAACCGAAGAGUCCAAGUCUUAAAUAGAACUUAAAUUUAAACAAUCUUUUUUUUCUUCAACAAUGAUUUAUAAAAAAUUCUGUAGAUUUGUGACCACUAUUUGUACGUCCCUUGAGAGAACAGGUGAGCACAACCAGUGGCAUGAAUGGCCUGCCAUAGUUCAAGUCGAACUUAAGUCGAUCUUAGUAUAUUUCCCUUCAUAAAAGAAACUGUUGGUCUCAUAUGUUGUAACAUUCUAAUUACUACAGAGAUCUUUUUUGGUGGACUUACACACCAUCAUUACACUGUAUGUUGCAUGGAAGAUUUGUCAACAAGUGCCCACCGCUUGUAAAAUGUAUUUUUCGAACUUAUGAUAUGGUGCAUCACCAUAUGUAUAUUAAAAUGAAUAUUGACAGCAAGGAAAAAGCCAAGCUGAACAUGUUAUUAUUGGGGUGUUGUGCAAGUAACAUUUUCUUCUCUUUCAGUGUUGACAUUUUUCUUUUUUGCUGUAUAUUUUUUCUCCACUUUAUUCCACCUCAUCUUAUCUUAUCCAACUUAUUACUUAUCUAUAAUUAUGUUUCAUUCUUUUUUACUGUUUUCUGUCACCUUGGUAAUUUCUUUUUAUUUCAUUCCUUUCCUUUAAGCUGUCUCCUUGUAAUUGGGUAAAGAGAAAUCCAACCUUCAUAAUAAGUUCAUUUGUGUGAAAGCAGAAAAAUCAGAGAAACAGAAUGGCCGAAGUUUGAAAUAAAAAGAACAAAUAGUAUUUACAGAGACUUUAAUGUUUGAAGUAUGAAAUCAUUACAGCUAUGCAAAUCUCAAAUUGGCAAUUUGUUCAGUUGAUUGUGACAUAGUCAAGGACAACUCUCCCAUUUGUCAUGAACUAAAAUAUUAUUCAUUUCUGUUUUUUCUUUACAGUGCCUUCUCCUUUGGAAUACUUCUCAAAAUAUAUCAUGGAUAGCUUAUCACUAUAGGUCCUCUAGAAAGAAAAUUCACUCGCGAGUCAUACAUUUGGACAAAAAAAAAAAUUAGUUUAUGCAGUGGAACAAAAUGUGGAAAGUUGUUGAGCACUACAUCACAGUGACAUUACCGUUUCAGCCAAUUUGGGGUUCCUAUAUGUAUGGUGAUUACAACUUUCAAAAAUUCAAAACUCUCUCAUUUUGUUGUCCGAUUUUGGUUCAAACUUUCACCAAUGUGCUUGUCUGAUUAUUAUACUGUUUAUUAGAUCCGCUUGCUACCGAGGUUGGAUUCCCUUUAAUAGAAUCGUGUAUGUUCUAUCACCCAUUUUGAUUCAUAUUUCUCUCCUCUUACUUGUUAUGUCUUAAUCAGCUUUUUUUCUCUUCAACUCUUUUUCUCUUCAACUCUUAUUAUUCCUACAUGUAUUCUUUGUCAAAAACUCUUCCCCUUGCUUACUCUAUCCUUAAUUUUCAUUUUCUAUCUCUCAUUCACUACAUUUCUCAAUUCUCUUCUCAUACCCUUCUCUGUUAUUCUACUGUGGGCUGUCCCAAACACAAGAUUUAUUAUUCUUUUCUCUUCAUCAAUUUAUUGUUUCAGUCUUAAUUCCACUAGUUACCCAUUCUCUGUUUCAUUUUCCACCUACAUGUAUUUCAACCCCAGUCUCACAUUUUAUUCAAACAGCUAAAGCAAUGAAUUACAUGUAGUCAAGUGUUUAUUAUUCUGUUUUCUUUAUUUUCUGUAUCAUACAUAACAUCACAACAAAUCUGUUUAUUUCAACCAAAUUCCAGCAAAACCAGUACAUGUGCCAUACAUGUAUAUACAUACAUAUGAUAUCCAUUUUCCCACUUACUAUUCACCUACAAGUAUAUAUUGCAGCAUAUCACUGGCUGGCAUUCAGAUAAUUUUCUCAAUAUUGUAGAAUUAUAUUCCUUAAAAUGUGUUUGACAGCUUUGGUUCCUUUUACAGAGGAAGAAGU